AGCGCGUCGGGGCCGCCGCUCAGUCUGCCGCGAGGGCGUCAUGGAGAGCCAGCUGGCGCGCUGCAAGAUCGUGGUGGUCGGGGACAGCCAGUGCGGCAAGACGGCGCUGCUGCACGUCUUCGCCAAGGACGCCUUCCCCGAGAACUAUGUCCCCACAGUAUUUGAGAACUACACCGCCAGUUUUGAGAUUGACAAGCAGCGCAUUGAACUUAACAUGUGGGACACUUCAGGCUCAACAUACUAUGACAACGUGCGCCCCCUUGCCUAUCCUGAUUCAGAUGCUGUUCUCAUCUGUUUCGACAUUAGCCGCCCUGAAACCCUGGACAGUGUCCUUAAAAAGUGGCAGGGAGAGACACAGGAGUUCUGCCCUGGUGCCAAGGUGGUACUAGUGGGUUGCAAACUGGAUAUGCGCACUGACCUGAACACUUUGCGGGAACUCUCCAAACAGCGCCUUAUCCCCGUCACACACGAGCAGGGCAGCAUUCUUGCCCGGCAGUUGGGUGCCGUGGCAUACGUGGAGUGUUCUUCCAAGGUCUCUGAGAACAGCGUGCGGGAUGUUUUCCAUGUGACCACACUGGCGUCCAUCAACCACGUUCACAAACACCUCAAGCGCAGCAACUCAAAGCGAGGGCUGAAACGGAUUGCGCAGGUGCCUGGACGGACGGACUUGUUGACUGACUCUGAGAUCCGCAAAGACCGGGCCAAGAGCUGCUCGGUGAUGUGAGAGAGAAGACCCCAGAGGGGCUGAAGUAUAGCACUGCCUGUCUUGUUCAUAUCUCUUUGUGUACAGUAACUGGUGAUUGGGAGGUUUCUGAACUGUGGGCCACAUUCCCCAGGAUGUAGGUCUGAAAAAACUGAGCCCUCCGUGGAAACGAGUGGGCUGGCAGAGAGGAAUCUGCCUGAAGUUGCAAAUGCUAUGCAUACAGUGAAAACUUCUGAAUGGGCCAGUGUUGCACAGGACGCAGAAAUGCUCAGGUAGCAGGAAACCUCCAAAGAAAGGAGCCCAUCCCUUUGUGUAACGCAGAUGGGGGGAAAUACUUCAAAUCCUCUUAGGAGUCAUUGUUGUGGAGCUGGUUUCAAAUGUGUAGGCGUCCAGGCAGCCAGGUGUCUGGUAUUUUUGCAGCCAUGGUGUGUGACAGUCAGACCAUGCACGUCGCAUGUGCGUCUUUGUGAAAUGUGCACAUAGGUGAGAUGUGAGGCUGGUGCUCAUGCUUGAUGCCAGUCAUGAAAUUAAAGAGUUGUGGAAGGGUUCAAGGAGUGAUCAUUUGAGAAAAACUGUUUGGCAGAAUGGGAGGAUGAUAUUGAGCAGCUGGAAAAGUUGAAGGGUUUUGUAGGGGAAUUGUAAACAGAAAUGCACUUAAGACCCUGAGGUGUUUGGAUAGGGCCAUUGUAAACACUGCAGUUGAGACAUGCCAGGUAGAUGGGUGCCAUGGAAGAGAUUCACCUCUUUUUGUACCCCCACUCCAAGGCUGUUCUCCCAUUUAUGCUCUGUUGCCUUAAGUUUUGUUGCUUGGCACCCAUGUGUGUCUUGUUUGUUUCCUUUGAAGCAAAAGAGACCCAAAUUCCCUGUUUCACCUACUUAUUCUUAUGGGAGUAGGGUAGUUUCCCCCAGACACACUUUGAUUCACCUUCACCCCUCUAAAAUACAAAGGAAGGUUGCAGAAGUACAGAGUAGCUGUGAUUUUGACCUAAAAAGGGAAGAAAAGGAUAGUUUCACUUCCAGCGCCCCACAGGUAGUAAAUUAACUAUGCAAUUGCAAAUCAGUAAGGUUUUGCAAUUUAUUGCUGUUUUGUUUUUCAAUCUACAGUACUAUUUUUGUUUAUUUUGUGCCAAAGAAAAUUCACUUUAAAGUGUGGAAAGGAGAUAAUUUUUCCUCAUACACAUCUGCAUCUGAAGUUUCCUCUCCACCAGUAUCUGGGCAUCAGGAACCAGGGCCCAGUUAUCAGCGAGUAUGGAAUUGCAGCUAUGUAAAUUUCUCUUAAAAUGGCUUUGAGAAAAGGGUUUGAUGGGCAAUUGCACAACAUAUUGUGCAUGUGUCUCAAAGGCCAUGGAGUAACAAGUCAUAUUAGUGUUCAUUAAACACCCUAGCAGACAAGUUGUGAUUUCUGAACUGGAAUCCUCCAUCUCUGAGCUGCCUUUGAUAAUGAGGGUAAUGCAUUCUACCUAUGCUCAUUUCUAUUUCAGUUGUUCCAGGGCCAAGGGCUUGAAUUAAGAAGAGAUUAUGAAGUGCAGACUGGCUUCCUAUUAAGCUCUGAGAAAAUUAAUAGGAGCAAGGAGACCUUGCUGAUGGAGGCCAUCAGGUUGGGCAAAGGAUGAUGUCUUGUGUGAUUAUCUUAAUGGGUGAAUGAACAGUAGAGUUGAAAGGGGCCUAUAAGGCCAUCAAGUCCAACCCCCUGCUCAAUGCAGGAAUCCACCCUAAAGCAUCCCUGACAGAUG